AUAUAUACUCACAUAAAUAUUCCAGCACUCUUUGUAUGUAUGAUUGGGAAGAUAUAUAGUGAAUUGUUCCUCCCUAUAUUCUCAACGGCCAACGUUGAUCCCAGUUAUUUUACUGCCAUAUUUAGUAUUCAGAGUUUGCUUCGAUUUGGUACCCGAAGAAUUAGCAAAAGAAAUAAGGAGAUCGAUGGCAAAGAGUGUGAAGGUGUGUGUGACCGGAGGUGCAGGCUACUUAGCCUCUUUUCUCAUCAAGACUCUUCUUGAGAGAGGCUACACAGUUCAUGCCACUCUCAAAAGUCUAGGUAUACAUAUACUUCAAAAGUAUUAUCUUCAUGAUUUAUUUAUUAAUUUUUUCGAUUGGUUUAAAGGCGAUGCUACGAAAGUGGAGCUGCUAAAAGGACUUGCUCAUGCUGAGACAAGAUUGAAACUGUUUGAAGCUGAUAUAUAUAAUCCAACUGAUUUCGAAGAUGCAAUCCAAGGCUGCAGUUUUGUGUUUCACUUAGCCAUGCCUAUGUUGCACUAUUCCCAUAGUUCUAAGUACAAGAAUACUAGUGAGGCGGGAGUGGGUGCGGUGAAGAUCAUAGCUGAGAGCUGCAUUAGAUCGAACACGGUGAAGCGGCUAAUCUACACUGCUUCCAUUAUGGCGGCGUCACCUCUAAAAGUUGACGCCUCCGGCUAUGAGGACGUCGUGGACGAGACUUGUUGGACUCCUCUCAAUCUCUCCUACCAAAUGUACUCUGACUAUAUAAGCUCGAAGACGCAGUCAGAGAAAGAGGUGGCGCGGUACAAUGGGAGAGGGAUAGAAGUGGUGAGCCUCGCCUGUGGGCUCGUUGGAGGCGAAACACUGCAGUGUUUCACCUCUGCUAGCAUGGCUGUGCUGAUUGCACAGGCCAUGGAUGAUGGGACAUUGUACAAAGGCUUGAGAUGUGUGGAGGAUUUGCUGUCCAAAGUGCCAAUUGCACACAUAGUGGAUGUGAUUGAAGCACACAUUUUUGCAAUGGAGAAUCCAGACAUCAAUGGCAGAUUUCUUGUUGCUAAUGCUUUCCUGAAAUCAGCUGAGAUUGCAGUUCUCAUUCAGAAACUUCAUCCAGACAUAACCAUCCCACCAAAGUUUGUUGAGGAUACAAAAAGGGAGACCAAAUGGGGUUCAAGAAAGCUGCAAGAUUUGGGAUUCCAAUACAUAUGUGAUGCAGACAAGAUCAUAUAUGACAGCAUUGUUUGUGCCAAGAGACUAGGCAACAUUGUUUGAAUUAAAUAAUAUACUACUUUGUCUGUAAUUCCAUUUGAUCAAAUUCAAAUGGGAAUAAUUUAUUUGAAUUCACAAUGUUUAAUCGAAUUA